UGAUAUUCUGGAACAUUCGCACUCGAUCAGAUUGAUCAAUCGUGUUGAUAUUACAGUGGGGUUGCGCGCGCAAUAAUUCCAAUAUCGCCGGCCGCCCGGAUCCGGCGAGCGAGCGCACUUGAUUUAAUUUCGUGCAAGCAGAGGCGUCGGUAUGGCCGCAACAGAGGUGACAAUGAGUGACAGUGAGCAAUUCUUCGAGGGUGUCGAGAAACUGCUCGAGAUCUGGUUUACGGCGGGGGAUGGCACCGCCAAAACGGCCGAUCUGAGGAAGAUCCCCAGACACAAGUUGGAAUCGCUGCUGAAAAUCGUGAGGUGCGAAAUAAUCAGUUUCGUUAAAAAUGAUCAGAUUGAUGCCUAUGUUUUAAGUGAGAGUUCAAUGUUCAUAUCAAAGCGCCGCUUCAUCCUGAAGACGUGCGGCACGACGACGCCACUCCUUUGCCUCAAGCCACUGCUCCAUCUCGCCGAACAAUUCGCCGGAUUCACUGAAGUGGAGGAUCUGUUCUACUCACGCAAAAAUUACAAAAGGCCCGAGCUGCAGGUCACCCCGCACCAGCAUUUUGAUCAGGAAGUGGCUUUGCUCGACACGCUUUUCCCGGACGGCGCGGCUUAUUGUCUGGGCGCCGUGAACAGAGACUGUUGGUACUUGUACACGCUGAACCCUUUGCCUCGGAACAGAAGACAAGCGGUCCCUUCGGUGGAACCCGAUCAAACCUUGGAGAUACUGAUGACGGACCUCGAUCCGGAAAUCAUGUCGAUAUUUACGCGGGAGGAUUGUCUCAACGCCACCGAGGCGACAAAAAAAGCGGGAAUCGAUAAAAUCAUCCCGAACAUGGUUAUUGACGACUUCUUGUUUGAGCCUUGCGGCUACUCUAUGAACGGAGUCACCAAAAAUAUAAAUACCGAAAUAUCCAAUGGCUGCUACAUGACAAUUCAUAUAACACCAGAGCAUGAGUUUUCUUAUGUUAGUUUUGAAACAAAUGUUCCGUCUAGCUCUUACAGGGACAUCAUAGGAAAGGUCCUCGACACGUUUCUUCCAGGCAAGUUUACAAUCACCGUCUUCGCCAACCAGACUUCCCCGACUAAGAACACGACGAAAGAUCUGUUGCACUUGAAUUCGAUCGGCGACUGGUCACGCAGGGAUAUUCAGCAGUGCAACUUCAAAAACUACGAUCUGACCUACGCGUUCUACAGCAAAUUCCCGAGCUGAGGGUGUCAGGUAAAGUUGUGCGCGUGCGCAACUCAAACAACUCCCCGCCCCGUCCCGCCAUCCCUUAGCCACCACCCACGACAUGUCCAUCAUUGGUGCGACAUCUUAGAAGCGAACGGACGACGCUCAGGACGGCGCACGAGUGCCGGACAUUUGUGGGGCGGUGGCGACAGUUUCCCGUUCACGUUCGUCCCUGUUUUGUUGACGCUAUUCGCGCCGGCGCUGACGUCCACCGAUUUCGAGUCGCCGCUCGUUCUUUUCUCCUGGUGGCGCAACAAGAUAUCGUGAGACGCGGCCCGCGGGCUCCCGAAGUAAGUAGUGCAUAGUGAACCGUUUAUGUUGUACAACCUUUUACCUAUGAGGGUUAGGAUGGCAUACAUAGAACAGUUUAUGUCCCAACUACUUUAGGAGCCCAUGCAUGAAUUCGUUUCCUAAGUUUUGUGUAGGGUGCAUCCUAGUGCACCGCGUCUAUCCUUUAUGUAUGUAAAGGGCCUUUUUGAAGAGAUUUUCACGCGGCGAGGCGAGGGACUCGCUCGAAUCUGCCCCUCCGGUGUUAUGAAAACGAUUUUAUUAACGGCUGUGGUUUUAGAGUGUUACAUUCUCCUUUAAAAAUUAUUAAUUGUACAUAAAAUUGACUGUAAUUGGAGGCGGUGUGUUUGGGGGUUGGUUCCUCGCGCUGGCGCUCUUGUUUUCUUUCAAGUUUUCUCAAUCAGGGUUGGAAAAGGUCCACAAAUAAUUAUAUAAAAAAUAAGCUCUAGUAGAUUAUAUUGUAUGAUAGUUGUAAAGAGGCAAAUAUUUUCUUCAAUGAGAUACAUGUAGCUUAUUUUCGGUUAUGGGAAAUAUACUUUUUUAUAUACCAUAUAUUGACUAAAAAGUGUAAUAAUUGAUUAUUGGUUUUAUUAUUAGAUUAUUUAGUGUUUUUUUUUCAAUACAUGUAGUUUUUUUAGUCAAUCUCCAUUAUUGUAACCAAAUAGUAGAAUUAGUUGAUAAAUACCUAAAGAAUGUUAUCGUCUUAGAUACUUUAAUUAUAAUGACCUAAUAAAAGUUACUCGAAAAAUUAUAA